AUGACUGUUUCAAAAGCACAAACGCUACCCGUUGCUGGAGCCUCGACAGAUAUUCUUUUGGAAGCCCAGGAUCCAACAGGAGAGCCUUGCUCGACCGGCAAUCUCGUGCCGUACCCUGCUUACUCUGAUUUGGAAAACGACGACAGCCCUCCGGCCUAUGUUGAACAUGACGAGUCUUUGCCCUUAGUCAACGACCAUGACAACCUACCCAACGAACUGGCCCUCAGCAACCUGUAUGAAAUUCCUGGAGGCCGUGUUCUUACUUCGAAGCGCGAAGGCAAGACGUACACAGUCUCUCUGGCUCCAUACCUGUCUUCAAACGCUGAAGUGCUGUACAAGUUCUUUAAACUUCAGGCUGAUAUCCCUCCUUUGAUCUGCUUUUCAGUUAAAGGGACCCACACAGUAUCAAGACGAAAUAGCGAUAGGCAACGUUCAAGCGAGACGGUCACGGAUUUUGAUUUCCUUAUCGAUGGUAGCGGCAUCCUCGCAGCCCCUAGAUAUGCUAGAGAUGGAUAUCACCGGGUGACAAAAGUGAUCAAGGACAAUGAUGGCGUGUCUGCAUACAGAGGAGGACGAUUCAAGAGUACCAGAAGCGGUUGGGUGACCAACGAGAAUACUGAGAAUUCUCUUGAAAGCGGGGACCAGGCGACCAACGGGCCAACACUCGAGGAAUGGUGCCAGAGGUUUUGCAAUGACAAGUCGGGUGUCAGAUCCUUUACUCUGCAUCGAGACAUUGUCUCCUGGAAUCUCAACAUUAUCCAACAAGAGAUCAAAUCUAUCAUCCGCUCUACGAACUAUCGUGGUAGCCUUUCGGUGUCACCUUUCAUAAAGCAGUCCAGGCUCACGAUAUACUCGCCAUCUUUUUUCAACAAGAUGCGCACCAAUAAUCUUGUUUGGUGGGCCUGCGUGAUCCUCCAACUUUGGAUACUCGCUUGGCCUCUCUUGAUUCUUUUAGAGAGGCGAUAUGAAAUUAUUCGUGUGGAACAUCGCCCUCCCGAUUUUCCUACUGAAACUGAGUGGAUUAGACGUUUCGCACCCGCAAUUAAAGCUGCAGCGUUGGGCAGAAGAAAAGGGGAAACCGUCACCACCGUAGAUAUUACCCGGGGAGCAGAUAUGUUGGCAGGAAGGGAUGAUACACAUGCAGAGAGGGAAAGAAGGCAGAGGAUGGACAGAGGCGAGGCGACUUGGGCAGAUUCGGUUGUUGGUGUUGUUAGGGGCGUGUCUGAAGUUGCUCGCCAUUGGGAUACGAGUCUCGGAUGGGGUGGUGAUGAAUAG